AUGAUUUUUUAUCUUACUAGUCGCCAUCCAAGCGAUUACAAUCGCUAUGGAUGCUGUCGAAUUCAAAAAUGGAUUCUGGGCGCUUCAAAUGGUACCACUGUUGCUGGUCAAUCAAAUGGAGCACUUGGUUCUAGUGCUGCCCAUUUAUAUCGUCCUGGCGGGAUUGCCAUAGACUCGGAUGGAAAUGUACUCGUGGGUGAUACCUAUAAUCAUCGUGUUCAAAUGUGGCAACAAGGCGCAUCAACGGGUACCACGAUAGCUGGAGCAACAGGUAGUUUUGGCUUGUCAAAUGACCGACUGUAUAAUCCAUUUGGUAUUGCACGUGAUCCAAGAACGGGUGCACUUUAUAUUGCUGAUCGUGACAACCAUCGUGUGAUGAGCUAUUUACCGGGCUCAUCGUCAGGUACUGUUGUUGCUGGUGGCAAUGGACCUGGUGUGAAGAAUACGCAGCUGUACCUUCCUAUUGCUGUUCGUUUUGAUAUGUCAACAGAAAGCCUUGUGAUUCUCAACUUUGGAGCAAACAAUAUAGUGCGUUGGAAAUUGGGAGAAAGUAAUUGGACACAUGUUGCUGGAAAUAUACACGGUGGCUGGGGAGUAACAUCCAUGCAUCUCAACGCUCCUCACGAUAUGGUUCUUGAUCAUUGGGGCAACAUUUAUGUAGCAGAUACCAACAACCACCGUAUACAAUUUUUCAAAGCUGGAGAAACAAAUGGAACAACUAUUGCUGGUAUUACGGGUGCAAUCGGUAAUGUUCCAACACAGCUUCAUGUUCCACAACUCGUUCAAAUAUUAUAA